AGGUCAUGUGAUGAUCAUUUCUCUCUGUCUUGUAGUUUUAUCUGUGACCAGUGUUUUUACGGCUGAAUCCAUGUGCAUAGACUUCAUUUUACUUGCAGAAUUAUUAUUAAUUUAAGUUAGGAGCACAACUUUAUGUAUGUGGAUUGUUUUAUUACAGCUCUCUAUGAGUCUGCAGAUGUUAGAAAGUGUUAUGAAGUUUGUCUGCAGGCUCAGAUAACUAUGCCUGGUGCGGCUAUAACAUGUUACUGUGACAUUUUCACACUGUAAGUCCUGCCCAGCAAAUAUUUGCACUCCAGUCUAUAACACGACCUUUAUCCUGGCGCCACCUUAGGGUCAGGGCUAAUGUUACACUUGUAUAAAUACUGUGAUAUAUAACUUAACUUAGUACAAACUUUACAGUGAAAGCACCAACAACCUGAGGAGAGGCCUUGGGGAGGUUUGUUUUUGUUGUUUUUGUUCCUGUGGCCCUUAUCGGCCCACUGCAGAGAGAACUGAACACAACCAUAUGGCUUUGGGUCAAACUAGCUGUAAUGUCUCCACAUUACGCAGCUGCUGUGGAACAUGGAAGAACAUUUCGCUCCAAGCCACUGGUUGACGUCGACCCAAAGUGCCUCUUGUAUGUCCAACAAAGAGAGUUUGCUGCAACAACACCAGCAGACAAUUGUGUUUCGGUAAUUGGAUCUGAUGAUGCCACCACCUGUCAUUUGGUUGUGUUGCGACACACUGGAAGUGGAGCCGUUUGCCUUGCUCACUGUGAUGGUUCCAGCACCUGGUCUGAAGUCCCACUCCUUGUGAGAGCUGUCACCUCACUGAGUAACGUCAGUAAGGAGGGCAGACUUGAGCUCCAUCUUGUUGGGGGAUUUAAUGAUGAGUCAAAAACAUCCCAUAAACUCAGCCUUAACAUAUUGGCAGCGUUCCAGAAACAGAAAGAGGAUAUUCAUCUGGAGACAUGCUGCAUCACAGAAAUCAAUGACAUUGUUGUUGAUGGAAUUCAUAGGCCUGUAGUAUAUGGAAUAGGUGUAAAUGUUAAAACAGGGGAUGUGUUCCCUUCGUCAUUCACUCAUAAAGGACCUGCAGAAGAGCUGCGAUCUGCGAGGACCUUCACCGGGGGACAGAUGGCUGACAUAUAUGACUCAAGUCGAGGACUUGUUAAAAUCGGCCCUUGCAAUUGGUCUCCAAAUCUAGAUAUUGCCUUCUGGUUGGCACAAAAUGAUGACACAAUUUUAAAGUACCUGUCCACCUCUCCGAUGGCUGAGCCGCCACACUUCGUCCAGCACAUGAAGUCCACCAUCCAGUUCCUUUUAAAACACCCCGACUCUGAUAGCCUGUUCCCCGGGGGUCAGCCACAGCUCUACCACAGGACUGUGACGGGGGACUGGGAGAGGGCUGUCUAGUCAUAGAGCACUACUCCCAUCUUUCACUCAACCUUAACAUGGAACGUGACUGUUUUUGCCUCUCAGCUCAGUGGAUACACUGUGACCCAUCCACCCACUGUCUGUUAUUGUUCGUUGUGUCUUAAUUUGGAGGUAACCCCCAACUUGACCAUGCAUAUGUUGAAUAGCUCUCCUGAUUCAUCUGGCUGGUCCAGUAAAGAGAGUAGAGGAAGUGAAAGUGAUUCUGUUCAUGCCUGUAACAGUUCAUUUUUCCACUCUUGUGAGGUGAUGUAAAUUCUGCACCUUACACCCUCUGUUGUGUUGCUGUCAGUCAAAGUUAAUGUGCUAUUAUGCUUGGCUAUUUUGAAAUAGUUAACAUUGCUGUCUUAUGACCAGUUGAAAAAACAUACUUCUCAUUUUUUAUGUUUUUUUUUUAGCCCAAAACCUGCAACUAUUUUUUUUAAUCAAUUUCCUACCUACCUUGCAUACGUCCAUUGUGCAAUUUAAACUAGUACAGCCAAUCAAUUUGCAGAAUUGAAGCUUAAUUGAAUUGCCUUUAUAUUUUUGUCAGUGUUUUAUGUUACAUUGUCCCCAUUAAAUCAAUUCUUGCCUAUAUCCAGAAGGUUCUGAAAACCAAUACUUUUCCGAGAGGUGUGAAAUCAAUCUUAAAACUUGGUAUGCUUUGAAAGUACAUGCACAAUAUGUAGUUAAUGGGCUAAAACAUGUAAAACCACAUGUAUGGUUCUUAAAUGCCUGACCUACUGUUAAGGAAUAAUUAGAGGAGGGGAACUUGCUGCAAUAGCAACAAAGAAUAUAUUUAUUUUGGCACCUUGUUUAAAAACAGUAAAGAGAAUUUUAUUUGCUAAGCUCUGCAUUGUUGAAGAGUUGCGCAGUAAGUUUAUUUUUCUCAAAGAAAUGCACCUUCCUGAUGAGAGGAAUAUGAUAUUUCAUCACAUACUCUACAUACUGCUGUAUAGUUGGCUAUGAAUGUGUAUGCUUUAGGAAAGUGCAUGUGUAAAUGUGUUUAGUAAUCUUAUGCAAGGGGUGUUUUGUCUAGUUUAGUCUUUUUUCAAACUUAA